AUAUUGUGGACUUGUGGAGUAAUAUUUUGAGUACACGAGGUUGAAAUGACCCAUGGCAAGAUGAAGUCUUGUCCUUAGCUGAGUGUCGAAUACAACACUCCAAUUUCAUUUGCACGCAAGACUAGGGAAAAAGCGCACACACGCAAAACAUAUUGCCACUCAUUCUUCUAUUGCUCAAAUAUUUGGACAAAAAAAGGUUCAUAAAUUCUCACCACCACACCUUUCUCCCUCCUUAAGAUAGUACUGUAUUUUCUCUGCAUACUUGUUUAUGGUGUUCCCUGAGUGUUUCCCAGAUAUUUUAUACAGUCCCUCACUGCUAUCUUGCUAAGUUUUCUCCAAAGUUUGGAUCUUUUUGGAGUGUUUUCACCUGAAAGACUUCUCAACUACCGCAUUGGGCAUCCCCACACGGCUCUCCUCUUCAGAUUGGUGUCAGGAAUGCGUUUCUCCUGAUGAUAUUGAGGCGACCCGUGAUGGAUAUUGAAGGUUGGGGCCGUGGCAAUCCUGUCAAGAAGGAGUCUUGGAGGACAGUCUUGGCUUUAGCUUAUCAGAGCUUGGGGGUGGUGUAUGGUGAUUUGGCCACUUCUCCUUUGUAUGUGUACAAGAGCACUUUUGCAGAGGACAUUCACCAUUCAGAGACUAAUGAGGAGAUAUUUGGAGUUUUGUCAUUUGUGUUCUGGACAUUGACUUUGAUCCCACUGCUGAAAUAUGUGUUUAUAGUGCUGAGAGCUGAUGAUAAUGGUGAAGGUGGGACUUUUGCCUUGUACUCCCUGCUGUGCCGCCAUGCCCGGGUGAGCACUUUGCCCAAUGGCCAGGUUGCUGAUGAGGACCUAUUUGAGUACAAGAAAGAUGGGAUUCAUUCUGCAAAUAAGGGUCUUGGGUUGAGCUUGAGAUCCACCCUGGAGAAACAUCAAUGGCUGAGGAGAAUUUUGCUGGUUUUGGCACUGAUUGGAACUUGUAUGGUCAUUGGGGAUGGAGUCUUGACACCUGCAAUUUCUGUGUUUUCUGCUGUUUCUGGGUUAGAGCUUUCCAUGUCAAAACAUCAUCAUGAAUAUGUGGAAGUUCCGGUUGCAUGUGUCAUUCUGGUUUUCAUAUUUUCCAUCCAGCAUUACGGGACCCAUCGUAUAGGAUUCCUGUUCGCGCCAAUUGUGGUCACAUGGCUUUUAUGCAUCAGUGCCAUUGGACUGUAUAACAUUUUCCGGUGGAAUCCUCAUGUUUACCAAGCACUGUCUCCAUACUACAUGUACAAAUUCUUGAAGAAGACCCAACGAGGUGGUUGGAUGUCUUUGGGCGGGAUUUUGUUAUGUAUUACAGGUUCAGAGGCCAUGUUUGCUGAUCUUGGACACUUUUCACAGUUGUCUAUUAAGAUAGCCUUCACCUUUGCCGUUUAUCCAUCAUUGAUUCUGGCAUAUAUGGGGCAAGCGGCGUAUCUUUCCAAGCAUCACACCCUUGAAACUGACUAUCGGAUUGGAUUCUAUGUAUCAGUUCCUGAAAAACUUCGGUGGCCUGUUCUUGGCAUUGCAAUACUUGCAGCUGUGGUGGGAAGCCAAGCCAUCAUCACAGGGACGUUUUCUAUUAUCAAGCAAUGCUCGGCUUUAGGUUGUUUCCCGAGGGUGAAGAUAACACACACAUCCUCGAAAUUCCAUGGCCAGAUUUACAUUCCAGAAAUCAACUGGACCUUGAUGGUUCUAUGCUUGGCUGUCACUAUUGGUUUUGAAGAUACAAAACACAUAAGCAAUGCAUCAGGUCUGGCGGUUAUAACUGUUAUGCUGGUAACGACGUGCUUGAUGUCGCUGGUAAUCGUCCUGUGCUGGCACAAAAGUGUGUUUCUAGCCAUUUUCUUUAUCUUCUUCUUCGGGACGAUUGAGGCGCUCUACUUCUCAGCUUCGCUGAUUAAGUUCCUUGAUGGUGCCUGGGUUCCAGUUGCUCUAUCGUUCAUCUUCCUGCUUAUCAUGUACAUUUGGCACUAUGGCACGCUGAAGAAAUAUGAGUUUGAUGUUCAGAAUAGAGUUCCAAUCAACUGGCUCCUGCAAUUGAGCCCUAAUCUCGGCAUUGCAAGGGUUCGAGGAAUCGGCCUCAUUCACACUGAGCUUGUUUCUGGAAUUCCUGCAAUUUUCUCUCACUUCGUCACCAAUCUCCCGGCUUUCCACCAGGUUCUCAUCUUCCUCUGCAUCAAAUCAGUCCCGGUGCCGCAUGUGAGGCCGGAGGAGAGGUACCUAGUGGGAAGAAUCGGGCCGAAAGAGCACAGAGUGUAUAGAUGCAUAGCCAGAUACGGCUAUCGCGAUGUUCACAUGGACGAUGUGGAGUUCGAGAAGGAUCUACUUUGCAGUAUCGAACAAUUCAUCCGAUCAGAAACCCCUCCGGAAGCUCCGGAACACGGUGACCUAAUCGAUUUCGACGACGACGAAAGGAUGACCGUCAUCGGAACCACUUCCACGUACCUAGACGGCAAAACAAUGAGCGACGACGGCGAAAACAUGUCCGCCGCAACCGCCACAAGCACGAUUGAGCUGCGAGAGAUCUCCUCGCCGGAGAUGAUGACCGGACGGCGAGUGCGAUUCCUGGUGCCGGAGAGUCCACAGAUGGAUCCAAGCGUGCGAGCGGAACUGCGCGAUCUGAUGGAAGCAAGAGAAGCAGGCAUGGCGUUCAUACUGGGACGCUGCUACGUCAAGGCUAAAAGCGGUUCCAGUUUCAUGAAGAAAGUAGUCAUCGAUUUAGGUUACGAUUUCUUGAGGAGGAAUUCUCGAGGGCCAACAUAUGCGCUCAGCUUCCCUCGCGCAUCAACUUUAGAAGUUGGCAUGAUCUACCUUGUAUAACAUACAUAAACACAGUAAGUAGCAUUCCCAGUUUCUUCCAUUUCUGCCUCCCAAACUUCUGUAAAUGCUAGAUUUUGUACUGUAAAUCGUCAAAAAAAAAAGUGUGUAGCACUACCUAGUCAGUAAAUCUUAUUUGCCAGA